AUGAAACUGCUGGUCUGCCUGAUGCUGGUCUCGGCGACCUUCGCCGCGGAGGAGAAGACCGUGAAGAAGCGCGGCCUCUACGGCGGGAGCGGCUACGCCGGCGGCCUGGAGUACGGCGACUACGGCGGCUACGGAGGAUACGGAGGAUACGGAGGAUACGGAGGAUACGGCCACCAGACGGUCCACGCCGUGACCGUGUCCAAGGCGGUCCCUGUCCCGUACCCGGUGCCGCAGCCCUACCCCGUGCACGUCGACCGCCCGGUGCCCGUCAAGGUCCCGGUUGCCGUUCCGCACCCGGUCCCGGUGGCGGUGCCGGUCCCGCAGCCCUACCCCGUGGUGCAGACCAAGACGGUGACGGUGCCCGUGGACCGCCCGUAUCCGGUCAACGUGCCGGUGAAGGUUCCCGUCCCGGUGCCCGCCCCCUACCCCGUCAAGGUAAGUCCCCGUCGAGUCCCCGUACCGGUGGCGGUCCCGCACCCCGUCUACGUCAAGGAGAAGGUUCCCGUCUACGUGCAGUCGUACGGCCACGGCCACGACUUCUACUAG